AUGUUUUUAUACCAAAUUAUACCAUUUUUAACGCUUUUGACAGCCGUCUGCUGCUCAUGGGUAGACACCCUCGACCCCCAAGGCAACCUUCGGUACGAGCAACUCGUCAAUGACCUCCAGUACAUCACGGACGAAACGAUUUUCGGCCGAGACGAGGUGUCAACCUCCACCCUCGAUGCAUUGUUGAUAUCCGUCAACAACUCCGGAAUCAUAGUGGACACCCUCUACGAAAUCGCCAGCAACGACGAUGAAAUCAACUCGUUGAUCAACGUCACGGCCGGGUUGUUGAAUGGUAACACCACCUUGGACCUGCUUCCGUUCCUUCAGAACAUCAACAUUUCAAUUAAUACCAGCCAGAUUCUCGACCAGGUCAUGAGCAGUGGCCUCAUCCAGUCGACGGCCGGAUGCUUAUUACUCGACUCUUCCAACCGGCAGAUUUUGGCCAACAUCACCGGAGAGUUACUCCGUAGUCACACAUGGGUAGGGCAGCUUUUGAACAACUUGGGUGCGGGUAAGCCGUUGACGGUGAACAUGAUUGCUGAUACCAUACAACACACCCCCAACUUGAACCCCAAAUACAACUCUUCUGCUGCCACCGCCAACAACAAACAGCAGGUGUUGAGCUUUGACACUCGGGAAGUGGUGGAUGAUAUGCUUAGUGCUAGGGGAGAUUAUGAUGGUUCGGCCGAGCAGUUUCUCAACAAUAUUAUAAACGGGGUAUUGCAAUCACAAGUGUUUUCGACAAGCCUUGUAUCAAUCUUGCAAAGCUUGAACAACACUCAGAUCUUGUGUUCGACAGCCAUGGAGGUGAUGCAAAACCUGACGAUUUUGUCCAUGUUUCCCAAGUUGGUUGGUGGGUUAUAUGAGGCUGGGGCAUUCAAUAAUAUCGACACCAACUACUACUUCCAGUACGCCAAGAAGCAUGCCAUCUUGUCGGACUACUUGCAAUUUUUCUUGACGUCACCUACGUGGGAGCCAGCAAUUGCGGCGUUACUUCUUCAAAUGGAGCAGAAUGGGGUUUUCCAGGACAUCCAAACGGGACUAUACGGACCCAAUUAA